CCACCCUUUCGAAAUCACAGUAGAUGAUCUAACGUCCGUUCAUCUCUACUGUGCAUUAUAAUUUAGGCCGAAGCUACCAUUCUUUUAUGUUUGGACCAUCCAACCAUUGUGCUAUUAAUUGACCCCUUCGCUCUUAAUGCGAGUCACGUAGAAUUCGUGGUCUAAUAUUAUUGUGUGGCUUUGGGUUCUGAGAGAGAGAGAGAGAGAGAGAGAGAGAGAUGGCUGCUGUGGACGAAGAGAGACCGCUGAUAGAAGAUGAUGGUGCUCUAGUAGUACAGAAUCAUGACAUGGUCGCUGGAGAUGGCUCAGUUGACGUUAAAGGGAGGCCUGUUAUGAAGAAUAGUACUGGAAAGUGGAAAGCAUGCCCCUUCAUUCUAGGUAGUGGAGGUUGCGAGCGUUUGGCCUUCUAUGGGAUUUCCUCUAAUCUUGUUACUUACCUUACCAGCAAACUACAUGAGGGAACUGUCUCCGCUUCAAGAAAUGUUACUACUUGGCAAGGCACUUGCUAUUUUAUACCCCUCAUUGGAGGCGUCUUAGCUGAUGCAUACUGGGGAAGAUAUUGGACAAUGAUAGUUUUCUUCGCAGUUUAUCUCCUUGGGAUGUGUACGUUGACUCUUUGUGCAUCAAUUCCUGCAUUACAGCCUGCUGAAUGUGUGGAUUCGGUAUGCCCUUCAGCUACAACAGCUCAGUAUGCAGUGUUCUUCAUUGGACUCUAUUUGGUUGCACUAGGGACUGGCGGGAUCAAACCGUGUAUUUGGCCCUUUGGGGCGGAUCAGUUUGAUGAUACAGAUCCCAGGGAAAGAGGAAAGAAGGGAUCCUUCUUCAACUGGUUUUACUUUUUUAACAACGUCGGUGCUUUUAUAUCAACUAGUUUAGUUGUUUUGAUUCAAGAAGAUGUUGGGUGGGGUCUUGGAUAUGGCAUUCCUACAUUGGUUAUGGCCAUUGGUAUUGCAAUAUUCUUUUUAGGCACGCCCUUCUAUAGAUUACAGAGACCAGGGGGAAGCCCUCUUACAAGAAUUUUCCAGGUCUUGGUUGCAGCAUUUCAUAAGCGAAAUGUGGAGGUCCCAGAGGAUACUAGUCUCCUCUAUGAAACCCAAGACGGAAGAUCCACCAUUAAAGGAAGUCGUAAACUGGACCGCAGUGAUGAGCUGAAAUGCCUUGAUAAAGCUGCUGUAGUCUCAGAUGUUGAUAUCAAAAGUGGAGACUUGUUCAAUCCUUGGAGGCUUUGCACUGUGACACAGGUGGAGGAAUUGAAGAUUUUGGUCCGCAUGUUUCCAAUCUGGGCGUCUGGAAUUGUUUUUUCUGCUGUUUAUGCACAAAUGUCUUCAUUAUUUGUGGAACAAGGGAAGAUGAUGGACAGAACUAUAGGUUCGUUCACCAUUCCUGCAGCCUCUCUCUCAAGUAUCGACAUCAUAAGUGUUGUAAUUUGGGUACCUAUCUAUGAUAGGGGGAUUGUCCCAAUUGCAAGGAAAUUUACAGGCAAUGAGAGGGGCUUCUCAGAGUUACAAAGGAUGGGAAUUGGCCUCUUUGUGUCAGUCCUUUGCAUUUCGGCUGCUGCUAUCGUAGAGAUUAAGAGAUUGCAGCUUGCAAAAGAGCUUGGUUUAGUUGAUGAAGACGUCGCCGUACCACUUAGUAUAUUGUGGCAAAUUCCCCAAUACUUCAUGUUGGGUGCUGCAGAGGUAUUUACAUUCAUUGGACAACAUGAGUUCUUCUAUGAGCAAGCGCCGGAUGCCAUGCGUAGUUUAUGCAGUGCAUUGUCACUUCUAACAAAUUCUUUGGGGAAUUACUUGAGCUCUUUGAUUUUGACUAUUGUGACUUACCUCACAACAAAAGGUGGGAAUGUUGGAUGGAUACCAGAUAACUUGAAUGAGGGCCAUCUUGACUAUUUCUUCUGGCUUUUGGCUGCUCUCAGCUUCUUAAAUAUGUUGGUGUAUAUCGUUUUUUCCAGAAAGUACAAACAGAAGAAGGCCUCCUAAAGUUUUUCCAACAGACUAGGAACAUCUUAAAUAUAUGUUGGUGUCUCAGAACCAGGUUGUUCGUGAUGUCCUUGCUUCUGGCCUUGGAAACCCCCUAUUUGUUGUUCUAGUUACCGGUUGAUCUGUUCUACGGAUGCAAGGCCGUAUUAAUUUGUUCAAUACGUUGAGUUGGACAGCAUAAAUGCUUUCAUUGUUAAAUUUCCUUCCACUUCAAAGGAAAAUAAUUGUGUCAUGUCCAAGUAAAAAUGAUUAUGAUGUAAUCAUAAGAAUAAAUGACCUCUUAAUUUGAGAGGACAAGUAGGAUUUUUAUUCAAAUAAAGUACUCUCAUGUUGAGAGUCAGUAGGUGUCUCCAGUCUCGAGGCAAAAGAGUGAAAGUGGGAAUGGCACUUCGAAGUGCCUCACGUUGUAUUAUUGAUAUGAUGGUUAUUGAUAGAAAUAGAAAAUUGUUGAUUAUUAUUUUCUACAA